ACCUCGCGCGGAGGCUGAGAUCCGCGGCAGUGCCUCUGCGGCGCGCGCGCUGUUUGGUUCUUUGGUGUCGAGUGGUCCAUUCUCCUUGGUCGGCCCGGUGGGUUACUUGGUCAGCAAGCCGAAACCCGUUCCAACCUCUCAGGCAUGGCGCUGCUGCUGCCGCUGCUGGUGGUGGUGCUGGUGCUGCUGGCGGUGCUGGCCGCGGCCUCCACGCUGCGCUACGGCACCUGGCGCAAGAAGGGCGUGCCGCACCUCACCCCCGUGCCGCUGUUCGGCAACUCGAUGCUGGCCGCCUUCCAGCGCGAGCCAAUCUUCGGCAUGCUGGACCGCGUCUACCGCCACUUCCCCGGCCAGCCGUACGUCGGCCUCUACGCCGGCCCCAGCCCCGUCCUCCUGGUGAAGAGCUUGGACGCCGUCAAGAGAAUCACUAUCAAGGACUUCCACUUGUUCCCGAACCACAAGCUCAGCCCCGAGCCGCACUACGACAAGAUGUUCAGCAAGUUCCUGUUCUGCAUGAUGGACGACGAGUGGAAGGACAUGCGCGUGCGCGUGUCGCCGGCCUUCAGCUCGGGCCGCCUCAAGGCCAUGUUCCCCAGCAUCAGGGACAAGGGCGAGCAGCUGGUGGAGUGCAUUCGCGGCAACGUCGGCCCAGACGGCGUGCUCUCCACCAACGGCCCCUGCACCCGCUACGGCGUGGACGUGAUCGCGUCCUGCGCGUUCGGCAUCGAGGCCUGGUCCAUGCGCACCAAGGAGCCGUCCCCCUACAUGAACGCCGUCUCCGAGUCGUUCCGCUUCGAGUUCGCCGAGGGCCUGAGCACGUUCGCCCUCUUGUUCGUCCCCGCCCUGUACCACGCGCUCAAGGUGCCCCUGCUCAAGGAGUGGCGAUCCACCCUGCUCAAGGACCUGCUGCGAGAGUCGAGCCAGCUCCGCGAGAGGGAGCCACCGGCGAGCCGGGACAUCUUCGACAACCUGCUGAGCCUCAAGCGCAGCGGUGACGUGUCCCAGCACCUGUUCGAGGCCCAAGUCAUGACCAUGCAGGUCGCUGGCUCCGAGACGACGGCCAAGACCAUCAUGAUGGCGCUGUGGAUGCUGGCUCGGCACCCGGAGUGCCAGGACAAGCUGCGAGCCGAGCUGCGUGCCGCCCAGACCGCGGACGGCGGCAACAUCACCUACGAGACCUUGCACGACCUCAAGUACCUCGACAUGGUGUUCAAAGAGACGCUGCGGCUGUGGCCGGUGAUGCCGUGGCUGGACCGCGUGGCCACCCAGGACUACGUGCUGCCGGACAGCGACAUCAAGAUCGAGAAGGGCACCGUCGUCAUGGUGCCGGUGUACUCCAUCCACCGCGACCCCGAGCACUACGCCGACCCGGACAAGUUCGACCCGGAGCGGUGGGCGCCGGAGAACGCCGACAACAUCAACAAGCUGGCCUACUUGCCGUUCGGCUCGGGGCCCAGGACCUGCAUCGGCAGCCGGUUCGCAGACAUGAACAUCAAGUCCGCACUGCUGAGCACCAUCCUCAACUUCCGCGUGUCGCCCUGCGCAGAGACCCCCAAGUCCGAGGCCGAGCUGCGAGUGUGCCCCAGGUCCUUCCUGGUCACCGUGCUCAACGACAUGCCGCUGCACUUCCAGCCGCUCUGACCGUUCAAUCUGACUCAGGCGGAACGUCGUCCAACUGUGUUUAUUUGGUCAAGCCUCAAAGUCAAAUAUUUUUCCAAAAAUAAAUCAGGUUCACUGGAAAACUGCGCAUAGGUCUGCUUUCAGACCAAGGAAAAAGCCGGA